GGGAAAAGGCAGAAGAAGGAAUGACACUGGAGGACAAAGAAAUGGGAAGAACUUCCAUAGUCCAUUGGGCCACGGCUUGUGUUGAGAAUGACAUUAGGAGCAGAAAUUACUAGCCAGCUCAAGGCUUCUUCAUAUAUAGCAUCAGGACGAAACCUUUUGAGAUGGGACCUGUCACCAGAGGAAAUUAGAACAAGAACAGAAGAACUUAUUAGGAGGACAAAACAUGUAUAUGACAGCAUCGGGAUGCUUGAAAUUGGAGAAGUAACACAUGAAAAUACCGUACGGGCUUUGGCAGAUAUAGAAGUGGAAUAUGCAGUGGAAAGAAGCAUGUUGGAUUUCCCCCAGCAUGUCUCCCCUGACAAAGAGAUACGCUUAGCAAGUACAGAAGCUGACAAAAAACUGUCAAGUUUUGAUGUGGAGAUGAGCAUGAGAGAAGACGUGUUUCAGAAGAUUGUUUAUUUACAGCAGACUUGUGAUGUUGAAAAUGUAAAGCCUGAAACAAAGCGAUAUCUAGAGAAAUCUGUUCAAGUGGGGAGAAGAAACGGACUCCAUCUUCCUAAAGAAGUACAGAAAGAAAUAAAGACAAUGAAGAAAAAAUUGAAUGAGCUGUGUAUAGACUUCAACAAAAACCUGAAUGAGGAAAACACAUUUCUUGUAUUUUCUAAGGAAGAACUUGAUGGCCUUCCUGAUGACUUUAUUAACAGUUUAGAGAAGACUGAGAAAGACAAAUAUAAAAUUACCUUAAAGUAUCCCCACUAUUUUCCUGUUAUGAAGAAGUGCUGCAUUUCAGAAACCAGGAGAAAAAUGGAAUCUGCCUUUAACUCUAGAUGCAAAGAGGAGAACACAAAAAUUCUGCAGCAGUUGCUCCCACUAAGGGCAAAAGUAGCAGAGCUUCUUGGUUAUAACACACAUGCCAACUUUGUCCUGGAGGUAAACACUGCCAAGAGCACAGAUAACGUAACAACCUUCUUAGAUGAUUUGAGUAAAAAGCUAAAGCCUUUGGUUGAGGAAGAAAGACAAUUCAUUCUAGAUCUGAAGAAGAAGGAAUGUGAAGAAAGAAACUUUGACUAUGAUGGAAGAAUCAAUGCAUGGGAUCUUCAUUAUUAUAUGAGCAAAACUGAAGAGCUGAAAUACUCCAUAGAUCAAGAAAAACUGAAGGAGUACUUCCCAAUUGAGGCUGUUACAGAAGGCUUACUGAAUAUUUACCAGAAGCUGCUGGGACUUGAAUUUGAGCAAAUAGAAAGUGCUCAUGUUUGGCAUGACAGUGUUACUCUUUAUACAGUAAAGGAUAAAUCAACAGGAGAAAUGCUAGGGCAGUUCUAUUUGGAUCUUUACCCCAGAGAGGGAAAGUAUGGGCAUGCAGCCUGUUUUGGUCUACAACCCGGCUGUCUUCUCUCUGAUGGCAGCAGAUUGAUGUCUGUAGCUGCUCUGGUAACCAAUUUCACAAAGCCAGCAUCGGAUCGUCCAUCAUUGCUGCGACAUGAUGAAGUAAAGACUUACUUCCAUGAAUUUGGUCACGUAAUGCAUCAGAUAUGUGCAGAGACUGACUUUGCAAGGUUUAGUGGAACUAAUGUGGAAACAGACUUUGUAGAGGUACCUUCACAAAUGUUUGAGAACUGGGUGUGGGAAAAAGAACCACUACAACAGAUGUCAAGGCAUUAUAAAGAUGCGACCCAUGUUGGAGAUACUCUCCUGGAGAAACUUGCUGCCUCUAGACUUGCUAAUACAGGCCUUCUAACCCUCCGUCAGAUUGUUUUGAGCAAAGUUGACCAGGCACUGCAUACAAAGCUGUCUGUUGACCCAGCAGAUGAAUAUGCUAAAUACUGUAUGGAGAUUCUAGGAAUUCCUGCCACCCCAGGAACAAACAUGCCAGCUACUUUUGGACAUUUGGCAGGUGGUUAUGAUGGUCAAUACUAUGGAUACCUGUGGAGCGAAGUGUUUUCCAUGGAUAUCUUUUAUAGCUGCUUUAAGCAAGAAGGAAUAAUGAAUCCAAAGGCUGGGAUGAAAUACAGAAACCUCAUUUUGAAACCUGGAGGAUCUUUGGAUGGAAUGGAUAUGCUACAAAAUUUCUUGGAGCGUAAACCAAGCCAGAGAGCUUUCCUGUUGACAUUUUGCAGAAUAACAGAUGUAAAAUUUCAGGAUAACAAGGAAAAGAAUAUCCCCCUCUACAUAUAAAAAAGUGAGACCUAGAGAAGGUGAGUAUUUUGACAACUAUUAAACAGUCUUAGAGGUUUGAAAAUGUAAACAUGGAUUCCUAUCUCCCUAUGCUGUAGUUAUUGCAGAUUAUAUCCUCUCCCCUUUGUUUAGAGAACCAAUAUUUAAGUGUCAUAAAUAAUUUCAUUUUGGGGGAAAAAGGAAUAAUGUUCAGCCAGAAAAGCAGAAUAUUCUUGGAAUGAUUACAGGAGAUUUGAAUAUGAAUAGGGAGAGAUCAGUAAGGUGAUGAUAAAAUUUCUGCUCACUGGAAGAACUUUAUAGCUAUAAUUUUUCACCAGAAAACACAAAUAUGAAUGCAUUUUUUAUUAUAUAUACAAAAAUGUGAAAUUAAGGGUCAGUAUCUCAUAUCUAUCAUACAAAGAGGCAUAAAGAAUACCAGAGCAAUUUUCAUAUGGCAAAAGCAACAGUGUUCAAGGGU